AUGAGUUAAAGAUGUGUAAGUCAGCUUGUACCCAUAAACGAACAAGCAUCACAACAUUACAAACAUUUUGUAAUUGAAUCUUAUGGUUGUUUGCUAUUUUAAUACUUGAUAAGUAUUUUCUGCACGAUGGAACAAAUCAAAAUGAACCUAGAAUACAAUAGAAUGAGGAAUUUUAAGACAAGAUGGAAAAACUCUCCUUAUGAAUAUACUUUAAGAAAGAAGUAUAGCAUGCAUAUCCGUAUCUGUUUAAACAACGAAGUUUCUCAAACAUUAAAUUUUCCUUAAAAUAUAGGCAAACAUUUCAUUUACUCGGUUGCUAAAGACAUGCUGAAGAUUGAUCUUGAGAGUUUAAACGAAGGAUGA